GUCUGGGGAAAUGCUGGGGGAACUACAGGCAGGCUUUUUUUUUUUCUUCUUCUUCUUCUCCUUCUCUCUUCUCCCCUCGCGUAGCUGAGAGGAAGGAAAGGCAGAAGGAGAAGUAAGCCGCCCGAUGCGCCUGGCCGCGCCGCCGGGGCGCUGGGGCUCGGCUGGCCGGCGCUAGCGCGGCCCCGGAGCCGGGCCGGGCCGGGCCCCGGAGCCGUGCGGGGCCCCGGAGCCAUGCCGGGCCCGCCGGGCUGGCUGGCGCUGCUCUGCCUGGCCGCCGCGGGACACCAGCAGUUGUCACUACAAAGCACUCUGCUGUGUGACAGCGAACGACACUAUGAAUACUCCGGACGGUGCUGCACCAAGUGUGAGCCAGGAAAGUACAUGUCUGCUAAAUGCACUGCGACUUCUGACAGCGUGUGUCAGCCGUGUGGCCCAAACGAGUACAUGGAUGUCUGGAAUGAAGAAGACAAAUGCUUGCUACAUAAGAUAUGCGAUCAAGGGAAAGCCUUGAAAGAAGUGAACCCGGGAAACAGCACAUUCCAGCGGCAGUGCGCCUGUACCACAGGUUACCACUGGAAUGAGGACUGUGACUGCUGUCAGCGAAAUACCAUAUGUGCUCCAGGAUUUGGAAUUGGGCACCCUGUGCAACAAGACAAGGACACAAAGUGUAUGCCAUGUCCCAGAGGCUACUUCUCAAAGGUUGCUUCAUCCACCGAUGAGUGCAAAGCCUGGACCAACUGUACAGCUCUGGGGAUGGCAGAAGUAGUCCCUGGGACUGAUAAGUCAGAUGCAGUUUGUGCAGAACGGAAGAUACCUGAGCAACCAGAAGACGGAACAAACAAGAUUUUAUACGUGUUGAUUGUCAUCUUGUUUUUUGUGGCACUAAUUGGCAUUGUCAUCUUCAUCGUGUAUUACAAGAAUAAGGGAAAGAAGCUGACAGCAGAUCUACAGAAUUGGGCUAACGAAGUGUGCAGCCAAAUAAAAGGAACAAAGGAGCCCCCCAGAGAUGCGUUCAUUGCUGUAAACAUACCGAACGCCGUUGUCCCCCCAGGCUCUGAAGACAUGCGUCUCCUGGGCCCUGCUGCCUGUCCUGCUCCCGGGAGCUCAUCCUGUGCCGGUGCUCACACCUCGUGCAGUCACAGCAGCCCCAGCACAGCGCCCUGCGAGGCCAGGGGGAACCUCCAGCAGCUUUCUGUGGUAACGGAGACCGAUAACGACCAUUUCCCACCUGUUCCCACAGAAGAUGAAUAUAUGGAUAAAGAGCUCAAUGCUGCUGAUUAUUUAUCUUUGCUGAGUCGGCCUGACAGUAAAACUGUGUCAUCGUUUUCAGAACCGGUGGAGAUCGGGGAGAACGAUAGCUUGAAUCAGUGCUUUUCAGGGGUCGGGAGCACUGAGGACAUAUCUGUCUCUCAGGGCUCCGACUCCUUCUCUGAUGCAGAUGGUGCACAUGCUGCCAUGGACAAAUAUCUUCAGAAAUCUUACCAACGCGUCCACAGUUGCCCAAAGGAAAUAGACAACAAAGACACAGAUCGUUUUGCAACAAACCAUGACUCAGAGAAGAUCUGUGUAAGGUGUGGCAUUUCAUACCGGGAAUCUCCCAGAAAGUGGAGCAAACCCUGUUGUGCUGCAGUUGACAGUGCUUCCACCUCCCCAGAAACUGGAUCCUAUGCACAGUGCACCUGUGGCUUGAAUUUUCUCUCUGCUGGCCAGAGCACUCUAGCAAGUGACCAUGGUAUGAAAGAUGCAUCUUCUGACGGUACCAGCACGAAGCACCAGAACACGAGCAGAAGCGCUUCAGGGACAAACAGCAGCACUUCAGACCUCCCUCCAGCAUCUGGAAAUGUGACUGGAAACAGUAACUCCACGUUUAUUUCCAGCGGACAAGUAAUGAAUUUCAAGGGAGACAUCAUCGUCGUCUACCUUAGCCAAAACUCCCAGGAGGGGGCAACGGCCUCGGGGGCGGCCUCGGAGAAUGUGGGCAGCCCGGUGCAGGAGGAGAACCCCAGCCGCUGUGAGACCUUCGCCGGCAACGCGCAGCACUACAAGGAGAAGUGCGCUGAGCUGCACGCGGUGGGGGCUGCCGGGCCACGGCCCCACCACACGGCCCCAGUGCCGAGCCCGGGCCUCCACCGUGAGGCCUCGCAGCCCGUGCAGGAGGAGGGGAGGCUGGGGCACUCCUCGGAGAAGGUGUUGAACUGACGGCCCGCGAGGGGGUCAACCCCAAAUCCCUGUUGUUGCGAUGGAUUUGUUUCUUCGGAGGCUGCUGGGGUCCCCUAGGAGAGGGCUGAGGGACUCCCCUCCGUGGAAACCCUCAAGCUGGGGGACUUGGCAAGGGGGAGAACGUGAAUCACCCGGCGUCCCCUCCUGGAGAGGGGGCAGCGUGCUGAAAGGGGCCCCAGGCACUGCCCAGGUGUUGUUGUUUUUUUUUUCCUCUGGGCAGGAAUUUAGUAGCUGUAUCAGGUGAACCUCUUCAUGGGGCCUUGGUCCUCCUUGAUACCUC